AUGUUCUGUAACAAAGGCUUCAGCUGCCUCCAGAAGGUGGAGAUCCACCAGAGGGUCCACACAGGGGAGAAACCCUUCAGUUGUACCCAGUGUCACAUGCGCUUUGCUGAGGCUGGCAACCUGAAGAGGCACCAGAGGGUCCACACAGGGGUGAAACCCUUCAGCUGUACCGAGUGUCAUAUGCGCUUCGCCCAGGCUGGUGACCUGAAGAGGCACCAGAGGGUCCACACAGGAGAGAGGCCAUUCGGCUGUAUGCACUGCGGGAAGAGGUUCUCAGAGAGGAGAUACCUAAGGAUACACCAGCAGAAAAUCCAUUCCACUCUUUAACAUAAAAGUAACCAUUCUACUCGAUAGCUACCUGGCUAGCUAAGUAAACAAUCUAGCUAGCUGUAAUGUUUAGAAGUAUCCCCACUAGCUGGCUACUAGAUUACCAAUAUAACAGUUGGGGCUAAAGCUUUUUGUAGGGACCCAAGGCAAGCAACUCUUGCGUGUAUCAGUGAUGGACACUAGCUAUAAUGUAGACCAAUACUUUUAUAGCAAUAUAGCUAGCUAACUACUAAUACAAUAGCCCAACUUAUUGCACAUUGUUUUGAUAAACUGGUUAGAAUAAGGCUGUGACUUGGUCAAAUCAUAAUCUGUACCAAAUGUAUUGCCUAUCAAUUAGGGCUGGGUGAUAUAUCAAAUUAAUUUGAAUUAAUGAAAUUAGUGUUUUUGCGCGAUAUUCCAAAUGCCUGUAUCGCAGAAUCAAGUUUUUUUUGUAUUUUUCGUUUUUAUGAGUGUUUAU